CGCGCCCGGGCCGCCGGGCAUGUGUGGCCGCUGGUGCCCGACGCUGCCGCUGUCCCGGGGCUGAGCCGCGCCCAGGUGUCCCGCACAGUGCGUGUGCGGCUGUGUGUGUCCGCUCACGGGAGCACCGCGCCGGCCCCAGCUUUCUGCUCGCUCCCCCGGGCCGUGGUGCAUGUUCGCCUUCUGCCACUGUGUGCCGAGAGGCAGGAGGACCAUGAAAAUGAUCCACUUUCGGAGCUCCAGCAUCAAAUCGCUCAGCCAGGAGAUGAAAUGCACCAUCCGGCUGCUGGACGACUCGGAGAUCUCCUGCCACAUCCAGAGGGAGACCAAGGGGCAGUUUCUCAUCGACCACAUCUGCAACCACUACAGCUUGCUGGAGAAGGACUACUUUGGCAUUCGCUAUGUGGACCCAGAGAAGCAAAGGCACUGGCUUGAGCCUAACAAAUCCAUCUCCAAGCAAAUGAAAUCUCAUCCACCAUACACCAUGUGCUUUAGAGUGAAAUUCUACCCACACGAACCCCUGAAGAUUAAAGAAGAGCUCACAAGGUACCUGUUGUACCUUCAAAUUAAAAGAGACAUUUUUCAUGGCCGGCUGCUAUGCUCCUUUUCUGAUGCAGCCUACCUGGGUGCCUGUAUUGUUCAAGCUGAGCUUGGUGAUUAUGAUCCUGACGAGCAUCCCGAGAAUUACAUCAGUGAGUUUGAGAUUUUCCCUAAGCAGUCACAGAAACUGGAAAGGAAAAUAAUGGAAAUUCACAAAAGUGAACUCAGAGGCCAGAGCCCACCGGUUGCUGAAUUUAACUUACUGCUGAAAGCUCACACUUUGGAAACCUAUGGGGUAGAUCCUCACCCAUGCAAGGAUUCAACCGGCACAACAACAUUUUUAGGAUUCAUUGCUGCAGGCUUUGUGGUAUUUCAGGGAAAUAAGAGAAUCCAUUUGAUAAAAUGGCCAGAUGUCUGCAAAUUGAAGUUUGAAGGGAAGACAUUUUAUGUGAUUGGCACCCAAAAGGAGAAAAAAGCUAUGUUGGCAUUCCAUACUUCAACACCAGCUGCUUGCAAACACCUCUGGAAAUGUGGGGUGGAGAACCAGGCCUUUUAUAAGUAUGCAAAAUCCAGUCAGAUCAAGACUGUGUCAAGCAGCAAGAUAUUUUUUAAAGGCAGUAGAUUUCGAUAUAGUGGUAAAGUUGCCAAAGAGGUGGUGGAGGCCAGCUCCAAAAUCCAGAGGGAGCCUCCUGAGGUGCACAGAGCCAACAUCGCUCAGAGCCGCAGUUUCCACUCCUUGAACAAACAGCUCAUCAUUAACAUGGAGCCCCUGCAGCCCCUGCUUCCUUCCCCCAGCGAGCAAGAAGAACUACUGCCUGGUGAGGGUGUUCCCUUGCCCAAAGAGGACACUUCUGCCCCCUUGAUCUCCAGCUCUCCAGUGAAGGAAGCCCAGGAGUAUGAAAAUCCCCCAAGCGAAGAGGAAGAUAAAAUAAAAGAAGAGCCCCUAACCAUCUCUGAACUAGCGUACAACCCAAGUGCCAGCCUGCUCCCCACCCCUGUAGAUGAUGAUGAGAUUGACAUGCUCUUUGACUGUCCAUCCAGACUUGAGCUGGAAAGAGAAGACACAGAUUCGUUUGAGGAACUGGAAGCAGAUGAAAAUGCCUUUUUGAUUGCUGAGGAAGAGGAGCUGAAAGAGGCUCGCCGAGCUUUGUCGUGGAGCUAUGACAUUCUGACCGGCCAAUUUCGGGUGAACCCGCUGGUCAAGAGUUUCUCCCGGCUCCUUGUGGUGGGCCUGGGACUGCUGCUCUUUGUAUUUCCCCUGCUCCUCCUCCUUUUGGAGUCAGGUAUUGAUCUCUCCUUCUUGUGUGAAAUCCGCCAGACACCAGAGUUUGAGCAGUUUCACUAUGAAUACUACUGUCCCCUCAAGGAGUGGGUGGCUGGGAAAGUCAACCUCAUCCUCUAUAUGCUGGGCUGCUCAUGAAGCAAAUAUCUCAUACAACUAAGGGCUAUAUUCAAUACUAGUGAUUUUUUUUUUUUUUUCAGUAAAAUCCUGGUUCUGAAUUGUCAUGGGGCUGUCCACAGGUGUUCCUUACUCAUAACCUUACUCCAAUCCUUAAGUUAGCUUUUCAUAAUUCACUACACUUAAAUAAGUCAAUCAAAUACAAUUAUUUUAGUUACAGGUCAGGGAAUAACCUUUCAGUAUCGAAAAACAAGUUGAUUUUUUUUUUAAUUAGAGGGUAGACAUGUUCCUUACCAAUUAUAUCAUGAUAAAUAAUACCUUUGACUGAAUUAGAUUAUUCUGUUUCUAACAGUUGGCACCAUUACAAGUCAUAAGGUUCAGAAUCAGAGUUUUAGUAAAAAUCCAAGAGAAAGUGUUUGAAUAUAAUCCUUAGUGAAAACAACGUCCUCUAACCAAUGCCUAUACGACUAAAUUUAUGCUGGGUUUAGUUUUUGUUUUUUUAAAAAUAUUUUUAUGUGUUCAAACUAUUUUGGUAAAUUUUUAGCAAAAAAAAAAAAAAAACAAAAAAACCUGUUCGAGUUAUUUACAUGUACAGAUUGUAAGACUAAUGUGCAAAGGGUAUAUCGGGAAUUUUUAAAUGGUUUGUUUUUAAAGAUAUUUUUGGCCAAACAAUCCCAUAAUUUGGUAUUAUCUGCAUAUGAAAUAGAAAAUGGGUAGAAAAACAUGGUAGGAAGGAAGCUCCUCAAUAAAACAGACGAUGGAACUGGAGGAUGUGGAAGUUGAGAGCAACAGGUGGCUGCAGGGUGGUCCAUGUUUCAAAGUAUUGGGAUGAGAGCACUUGUUAUAUUCCCUUGUAUUCUGUCCAGACAUCUUGGCUGGGGAAGCAGAAUGUUUUGAAAAGAAAGUGAAACUUUAAAGGAAAACAAGUAAAGGAUACACUAGUUAAUUGCAUACUCAUGUUGCAUAUUAACCAGAGCAGAAACAGAUAGGAACUGAACAAAUGGAAAGUUGCAAAAAGUUCUGGUGAGGCUGGUCAGUAAGUGGUACGGGCAAACAGUCGUGUACGAAAGUGAUGGUGAUUCGAGGCAUUCGCUGAUGUGGAGAACAGUACACUCACUGUUGGAGUUAACAGGAACAUGUUUAAUGGACCUAAAUAAAAGUGAAAGAACUUUCAGGUAAAUUUUUGGGUCCCUCUUACCAUUUGUUGUGAUUCUGUGGAAGAAAUUUCUGAAGUAUCUUUGUAUGUGUGUGUGAGAGGGAGAAGGAGAGGGAGAAGGAGAGAAUGGCUUUUCAACUAAUGUCAAUGAUGAUCCUUUUUUUGGUCAUUGUACUCCUUUCACGUCCUGGUUUCCUUAAGAUCUUAACCCAUUCAUAAUCGGGACUUCCAUUGAGAAAAUGGAGAGGGCUUCUCAGAUGAAAUUCAGCUUGGGCAAAGUCGUGACGGAACCCUCUCCCCAGUCAGUAGAGGGGACAAAUGCUCUAGUUAGUACCUUCCUUCAUACCAUUAAACCCCUGACAGAAAGGGCCCAAUGCCUUCCCAUGAAGAGCACUUACCAAUAUUGUGACAUUAGGGAGAAGGAAAAGAGUCCCAAGCUUAUGAUGUGGAGCAUAGAAUUUCUCCAUGGAUCAAAAAUGUUCCAUUGUCUCCAUUGACAAAGAUAUAGGGCCCGCUUGUAAUCUCUCAGAGAGAGAUUACAAGAGUAAUCUAAUGAUACUCCAACCCUGUCAUCACUCUAUGUAUAAUUUGCAAAUUGGGCAUUCCAAUCUCAUUUAUUCAAUGAAGCUCCUAGUGCUUUAUUAGUUCAUUUUAAAUGUACAUUUUGAAAGUCAGUUCACGAAGCCUUCAGCUGAGCACAUGCCGUGUUUGCUAUUCAGUUUGCAGGGUUUUAUUUUUCGUGUACUUUCACUGAUUUAUUUUGCUUUUUAAUAAAGAAUGUUUAAUACCUGAAAUUUGAUACUAAUGUAGAAAUAUAUUUUCUAUCACUGGAGCUUUCAACAGUUUAUUUAGGAGGCUAGAAGGUAGCCAGCUUUGACCUUGAAGACUUCAUUCUUCCGCUUCUUUUCUCAUGUGACUUCUAAGUCAUGCUCCCUGACCUAAGGGCACUUUGGCAUAGUCUGCACAAAAUCCCCUUAUUAUUGUGCAACAUAUAAUUUCUUUGAAGUCUAACCACAACAGAGCAUCUAGCCUUCACUCUUUUAAAAUAAUAUUAAAUAAUAUUUUAUAAAGGAUGGAAGUCAUAUAUUUUCCAUUGUAAAAUAUUUGAAAAAUAUGACAGGAUAAAUAUCACACGUAAUCCAGCCAUGCAUACAUUCAUUCAGAAGUGGUAAAUAUAUUAUUUUAACAUUCCCAGCUAACAUUUAUUUUCUUUUAUGCAGAAACUUCAUUGAAUAGAAAUGUUUUUUCAGUGAAUGAGUUUACAGAAUAGGGUCUGCCGAAUUUAAACAAUACCCAUCAAAAGUCAAAGCGGGAUCCUGAAAUGCCAUUUGCUCAGCAUAGACUCAGACCCUUUUAGAAACAUUCAUUUAAGUUUUGUUAGAAGAUAGUCACCCGUUGCCUGAAUCAAAUGAGGGAAACACUGCUUCCAAAGAUGGACAGUGUGUGAUAUACUGAGAUGCAGAGUUCUCAGCAAGUGUGUGAGUAUAUGUAUAUUCCAUAUUAUUGGUAUAUGAUGUGUGUUUAUAUAUGAAUCUGUAUAUAUGUGUGUAUUUGUACAAAUAGAGCUAAUAGCCCCUUCAUACAUAAUUGUACUUAUUUUGCCUCUACUGAGGGAUGUGUGACAUAUUAUUAUUCCUUUCCUCCUCAGAUAAUCAUGGUGGGUAAACCCUACACACUUAAAGGUUGAAAUUUUCCAUGCAAAAAACUGAGUGUAUAUUUAUAUAUAUAUAUAUACGUAUAUAUACACACACACUCUCUUAUAUGGCAAAUACAUAUACACACACAAUCUUGUCUUUAGCGCCACUAUAAGUUGGAUCAUGACAACCGUAGGUAAAGUGUGUAUUUCUGUCUGUGCUUGAAACAUAUUGUAAAAUGUUAUGUAUUUGGAAUAUAUUUCGUGGUUUGUCUAAUACUUAUAAACACAACUUGGGGUGAAUUCACAAUGAGUUGAUUUCUUUGAAAUACUAGAGAUAUGGGGGCCACAUUACUGUGAUUGGAGCCUUACCUUUGUAUAGUGAAAUUUGCAUUUCUAUGUCAAUAUCUAGAUUGUUUUAUAUGUUAAUAUGGUGGCAGGAAUCCAUAAUAAAAGUCCUCUGGGGUAAAA